AUGUCUCCCGCCCAAACACAGAGGCCCAGUGCCACGAGGCAGCUCAGCACCACCGGCGGUGACUAUGACAUGGCCAACCCGCCAGAGGUCCGCCGGUACCUCAAGACCUACGGCCUGACGCCGCCAGCAGUCGAGAGCCACCAAGUGCAGGCGCAAAGAUGUCUCCGACUGCUCGCCAUGAAGACCACCCCCAUUGAGAAGUUCCAGUACCUGGUCCACCUCCGCGCCACCAACGUCCACCUUUUCUACCGCCUGCUGUCAGAAAAUAUCAAGGAAUUGACUCCUCUCAUCUACACCCCCACCGUCGGUGAGGCCUGCGUACGAUGGCACGAGAUCUGGACACAGCCCGAGGGCAUGUACCUGUCAUGGAACGACCGCGGCCACCUCCGCGAGAUCCUCGACAAUUGGCCGCACGACGUCGAGAUCACCGUUCUCACCGACGGCUCGAGAAUUCUGGGUCUGGGAGACCUUGGUGUCAACGGCAUGGGCAUUCCCGUCGGCAAGUUGGCUCUGUACACUGCCUGCGCUGGUAUCAGGCCCUCUGGUACUCUGCCCUUGACGUUGGAUCUGGGUACAAACAACGAGACCCUCCGCAGUGACCCGCUGUACAUGGGUUCAAGAAUGCCAAAGGUCUCAGCCGCCGAGGAGAAGGAGUUUCUCGAUGAGCUCAUGACGGCGCUGACCGAGAAAUGGCCAAGCAUUGUCAUCCAGUUUGAGGACUUCAAGAAUCCCUUCCCCGCUCUGGAGCGAUACCAAGACAAGUACUGCAUGUUCAACGAUGAUGUGCAGGGAACGGGCGCCGUCAUUGUUGGUGGCUUCAUCAACGCCGUUCGUGCGUCGGGCGUGCCGGCGAAGGAUCACCGCGCCAUUUUCCUUGGAGCGGGCAGCGCCGGUGUUGGCGUUGCUAAGCAGAUUGUUGAGUUUUUCAUCAAGGAAGGAGUGAGCGAGGAAGAGGCUCGCAAGAAGUUCUGGUUCGUCGAUUCAAACGGUCUCGUCACCCUUGACCGCGGCGACAAGCUCGCCGAGCACAAGGUGUACUUCGCCCGUGAUGACAACAAUGGCCGCCAAUACCAGUCUCUCUCGCGUCUCAUCGACUUCGUCCAGCCCACUAUUCUUAUGGGUCUCUCCACCAUUGGCGGAGCGUUCAACAAGGAUAUCCUCCAGAAAAUGGCCAAGCUCAAUGACAGACCUAUCAUCUUCCCUCUGUCCAACCCUUCCAGCAAAUCGGAGUGCAACUUUGAGGAAGCUGUACACAACACCGAAGGCCGAUGCUUGUUUGCAUCAGGAUCUCCUUUCCCGUCUCUGGAGCACAACGGCAAGCUGCUUACGCCCGGCCAGGGUAACAACAUGUAUGUGUUUCCCGGUAUCGGCCUUGCUGCCAUCAUCUCCAAGGCCACCUCCAUCACACAGGACAUGAUCUACGCCUCGGCAGAGUCCCUCUCCACCUCGCUCAACAAGCAGGAGACCGCUGAUGGCUGGUUGUACCCUGACAUCCGCCGCAUCCGCGAGGUCUCCGUUACUGUUACACGUGGCGUCAUCCGUGCUGCUCAGAAGAAUGGCGUUGACCGCGCCCUCGAGCUCCGUGAGAUGUCUGACGACAAUCUCGACCAGUACAUCAAGGAGAGGAUGUAUGAUCCCUUCAACGAGACUGAGAAGACGACCUACCCGGUCACUCAACCUGCCGGUAACGGUCAUCACCCUUUUGCCAACGGUAACGGUGUUGAGCACGUCACCAACGGCCUGAACAACGCGCACUUGUAA